GUGCUAAAAUAAUCUGAUGCCCCAGAGAGAGUAGGCAGCGCGGCAGCAGCGACUGCUGUCCAGGAGGCUGGGGCCCUGGAGACGAUGCGCCCCGCCGAGCCACCUGGGCCUGCGGGAGCCGUGAGUAUUUCGUGCGUGGGCUCACCGCUGCCGAGCAUCGCCGGGCUUCUCGAGAGCUGUGCUUGAGAUGGAGUUCCUGCCCCUUUGGCUAUGCCUGGGUUUUCACUUCCUGAUUGAGGAAUGGAGGAGCGGAAGUGGGACAGCCAUGGCAGCUUCCCAAGGAGGCUGCAAGGUGGUGGACAGAGCCACUGACUGCCGAGGCCAGAACCUUGCUUCCGUACCCAGCAGCCUCCCGUCUCUUUCCCGGAUGCUCGUCCUGGAUGCCAACCCUCUCGAGGUCCUGUGGAACCAUUCCCUCCAGGCCUACCCACAUCUGGAGAACCUCAGCCUGCGCGGCUGCCGCCUGGACCGUAUUGGCCUCCACGCCUUCCAAGAGCAACACCACUUAUUCAACCUGAGUCUGGCAGACAACUGCCUCUCCGAGAACUACAAAGAGACUGCAGCAGCUCUCCACACUCUGCGGGGGCUCCGCACACUUGACCUAUCCGGAAACUCUCUGACUGAAGACGUGGCAGCCCUUUUCCUUCACAACCUCUCCUCGCUGGAGGCUGUGUCCUUGGCAAGGAAUACCCUCAUGAGGCUCGAUGACUCUGUCUUUGAGGGCCUGGAGCACCUCAGGGAGUUGGAUUUGGAGAGGAACUAUAUCUUUGAGAUUGAGGGUGGGGCGUUUGAUGGCUUGACUGAGCUGAGACGUCUCAACCUCGCUUAUAACAACCUCCCCUGCAUCGUGGACUUCAGCCUCACGCGGUUACAGUUCCUCAAUGUCAGUAAUAACAUCCUGGAGUGGUUCCUGGCAGCCAGUCAGGAGGUGGCCUUCGAACUGGAGACACUGGACCUGUCUCACAACCAGCUGCUCUUUUUCCCACUCCUGCCCCAGUGCAGCAAGUUGCACACCCUCCUGUUGCGGGACAACAACAUGGGCUUCUACAGAGAGCUGUACAACACCUCCUCACCGCAGGAGAUGGUGGCUCAGUUCCUUCUUGUGGGUGGCAACGUGACUAAUAUCACCACUGUCAACCUCUGGGAAGAGUUUGCCUCCAGCAACCUGUCAGCGCUCCGCUUCCUGGACAUGAGCCAAAACCAGUUCCGGCACCUGCCGGAUGGUUUCCUAACGAAAACACCUUCCCUUUCCCACCUGAACCUCAACCAAAACUGCCUGAAGACGCUCCACAUCCGGGAGCACGAGCCCCCGGGAGCACUCACGGAGCUCGACCUGAGCCACAACCAGCUGGCAGAGCUGCGCCUGGCUCCGGGGCUCACUGGCUCCCUCAAGAACCUGCGGGUGUUCAACCUGAGCUCCAACCAGCUCCUGGGAGUCCCUGUUGGCCUUUUCGACAACGCCAGCAACAUCACUACAAUUGAUAUGAGCCACAAUCAGAUCUCACUUUGUCCGAGGAGGACGGUGCCCUUAGACCGGGCGGGGCCCUCCAGUUGUGUGGAUUUCAGAAAUAUGGCCUCUUUGAGGAGCCUUUCUCUGGAUGGCUGUGGGCUGAAGGCAUUACGAGACUACCCUUUCCAGGGGACCCCCAUUACUCAUUUAGACCUGUCUAGCAACUGGGGAAUUCUAAACGGAAGCAUAAGCUCUCUCUGGGCUGUCGCCCCUACGUUACAGGUCCUGUCUCUCAGGAAUGUGGGCCUCGGUUCUGGCGCUGCCGAGAUGGAUUUCUCUGGGUUCACGAGCCUGAGGGAGUUGGAUCUGUCAGGAAAUUCCCUGACCAGCUUCCCAAGGUUUAAGGGCAGCUUGGCCUUGCAGACUCUCGACCUCCGCAGAAACUCUCUCACGGCCCUUCCUCAGAAGGCUGUGUCUGAGCAGCCUCUGAGGGGUGUGCAGACCAUCUACCUCAGCCAGAACCCUUAUGACUGCUGUGGGGUGGAGGGAUGGGGGGCCCUGCAGCGCCUCAAGACUGUUGCAGACUCGGCCAUGGUCACUUGCAACCUCUCUUCCAGGAUCAUGCGUGUGGUGGAACUGCCUGAAGGCGUGUCUCAAGACUGCAAGUGGGGGCAGCUGGAUACUGGCCUGUUCUACCUCGUGCUCAUUGUACCCAGCUGCCUCACCCUGCUGGUAGCCUUCACUGUGGUCUUUCUCACUUUCAAGAAGCCUUUGCUUCAGGUCAUUAAGAGCCGAUGUUACUGGUCCACCAUCUACUGACCUGUGUGUGCGCC